AUGCCGAAUGUCAAAGUAACCGAAAGUUCUAAUCGGCCCUGUGAUCAGUGCCGUCAGCGCAAAUCCCGGUGUGUCCGCGAAGUCGGCACAACCAAAUGUGUUCUAUGCAAUUUCCAAAACCGUGAUUGCACAUUUCUCCAUGGCCCACGGCCGCGCAAACGCAAGAAUAGCCAGCCAUCCCCAACACUAAGAAAUGUGGAAUCAGAAUCGCUCUCCCCGUCAUCUUCAAUGACUUCUCCAGCACGAUCAAUGCAGGAGACGACAGCCCCGUCCCUUUUGGAUGGGUCCUUGGGUCUGGAAUUGCACCUGCAUUCGGAAUACAUUGGGCCCACAAGUUAUCACGAACCAUCUUUGCUCGACCUGAGGCCGUCAGCACUGCAUCCGCUCGGAAAACACGAGUGCCGUCCACGACGGGUUGAUGAAUCCACCGCCUUUAUUACCUACCCGGAUGAGGAUUCGGCUUCCGAAAUUCAGCGUAUGUCCGAUCUAGAUAAGAUCGAAGCAACCAUCCAACCACUAGGCUCAAUCCUAGUGAAACUGUAUUUCCAUAUUGUACAUCCUACCUUUCCGAUCCUUCAUAAGGAAGUUUUCCUCGAGAAAUAUGCUAGGUCCUAUCAUGAAUUCUCGCCGCCACUUCUGGCCGGCGUGUACUUGUUGGCAUUGGACUGGCAACUGUUCGAUCGAGCUUUGGUGACAGCAUCCAGAAUACCCGAUGCGGCUACGCUUGAGAGUCUAGCUAUGCGAGCGAUGGAGGAUGACCUAAAGAGACCGAAGCUGUCAACUCUACAAGCCGGCCUGCUGCUCUUGCAGCGCGUUCGACGUACACAUAACACCCUACUGGCGCAACUAGUGGCCCUGGGCCAAACGUUGGGCAUUCACGUCGAUUGCAGCGACUGGGCUAUUCCGGAAUGGGAGAAGGGGUUGCGACGGCGUUUGGCAUGGGCCCUGUACAUGCAGGACAAGUGGGGCAUGCUUGUCCAUGGCAGACCGUCCCUUAUUCCUGACUGGGUAUCUUCAAAUAGUGAGAGUAUCUGCAAUCAUGAUUGGGAUGUUCGUCCGUGUACCUUGGAAGACUUUCCAGAGGCAGUCGUCAAUGAAGAUGACAGAUCCCAUGGCAGUGUCGAUGCGGAGACAGGCCGUGCAUCAUUUCUAAAAUCUAUCGAGCUUGCUAAGAUUUUCAGCCAGAUACAUUCUACACUGUGCUCUGUAGGAGUCACCAAGAAAGGGGGCAAGUUGGACCGCAUAGGUGCAGCGGGGGCGAUGGCACUUGCGACCCCUCUUGCGCAAAGACUCCAACAGUGGUAUACGGUGUUACCAGACGGCCUCAAAUUAGAGACUACGGCCCAUGUGCGGAGAUUGUCUGCUACCGGGGCUUUACAUAUUUCGUACAUGGCAGCAGAGUUGACCAUCCAUCGUGCUCUGCUGCGGGCUCUUAAACCGGACACUCCACCCAGUCUCCGCUCCACCAUACGCACUGCUGCUCGUGCGCGUCUUUUGUCCGCCAUGAGCCUUAUUGAGGCUCUUCAACCUGAACAUACGCAGUCAUUCUGGGGGUUUGCUGCGUCGGCACAAAUGGCAAUGAUAGGAUCUUUCGCUGGCCUACUUUGGGCCACCAGUGCCGAAGUUGACGAGGCCAUCGAGUACGUGAAUCAGCUAGAAAGACUACGUUGGGCUUUACAAGUACGCGGAUCAGCUGUUCCGUGUGUACGUGAGGCCUUGCGCCUACUUGACGAAGAGGUUGGUGACAUUGCAGCAGUCAAAGCUGCUACAUACCAAGAUUUGGCAUGA